AUGGUAUACCAGCGCCAUCUUAACGGUUCUCAACCUCGACUUUUCGAUGGCGAUACGUGCGAGUGCGGAUCAAUGAUUCUUUGCCUUGCAGAUCCGAAUGCUGGAGGGAAGCCGAGACAGUAUGGGAGAGUCUGUUGCGCUUUCAAAGCCCAGUGUUUCAGUCUCGUAAUCAAGGGCGAACCUACAGAGGACGAGAAGAGGAUCCUGAAAGAAAACGCAGCUGCGAGACAAGCUAAUAAGGCCACUUGUCCACAUGCACGGCCUGGAUGUACGAAGGAAGGUAACCGACAAUGCCCCUACGAUGCAUGCAAGACCUGCUGCGGCAAGCUGAAGAAACUUUGCCUGGCUCAUGGAAAGUACAACCAAGCUUCUCCGGACUGGAAAGCGGAGGGGCUGAGUGAUGGCCUUCCUAGUCAAAUUUGGUAUGUCACCGGCCAGCCGAUAGGUUCCGGGGGGUUUGCAGAAAUCUACCAUGGUAGAUGGGGGCUUAAAGAGGUUGCGAUCAAGAAGCCCAUACCGCAAGAUCCGCAGACCCCUAAACGUAUCGAGAACGAGUUGGAUGUCUGGAAAAAAGUGCAACACCCCAAACUUGUACCCCUCUUAGCAACUAUCGACGGCAGUGGGCUUGCGUCUAUGGUGACACCAUUUUACAGGAAUGGGAACUUGGGGGCAUAUUUGUCGCAAACAGAAGUCGGAUUAGAACAUCGCUAUCGCCUGCUGGCUGACGUGGCUGAAGGACUCAAAUACUUACACUGUACAAAGAAUGGCACGGCUCACGGCGAUCUCUCGAUGGGGAAUAUUCUGGUGGCCGAUGAUGGAUAUGCCCUAUUGACGGAUUUUGGUUUGGCUCUCCCUCCUGGAGGGAGGACUGGCUAUUCCACGUCUGGCAACGAACAUGGGUGCACUGCAUACAAAGCACCGGAGUGUUUCGAACCAGCAGAACCCCAAGAAGCAAAAGUAGCAGGAUUGAAGGCACGCACUCCCGCCAGCGACAUGUGGGCGUUUGGCAUAAUCAUCGUUCAGGUGCUCAGUAAUCAAUCACCAUGGGAAGGAGCGAAACCAGCAGCUAUAUUCACAAAGAUUGAGAAAGGCCUGAAACCAUUCACUGAUGCUGCAAUCGAUCGCUGUCAAAUGCCAACCAAGCUGAAAAGCCAAGUACGUGCAUGUUUCAAUAAGGACCCCAAGGAACGGCCCAUAAUUAGUGAGCUGCUCCAUGAGCUAAAGGCUAUCUAG